AUGCGAGAAAACGGGACGAUGAACGGCUCAUUGCAUGAUCAAGAGAAGGUUUUCUCGGCCGUGGAGCUAAUCAUGAAGAAGAGGGAUGGGCACGUGUUGACCGAAGAGGAAAUCAGGUUCUUUGUGUUCGAAUUCCACCAGAGCAAGAUCCCAGACUAUCAGAUGACCGCGCUGCUCAUGGCUAUCUAUCUCAAAGGAAUGACAUCAGAAGAAAUUUUCCACCUGACAAUGGCUUUCAUGGACACAGGAAAGGUGUCUGACCUCAGCUUUCUUGGGAUGCACACAGCAGACAAGCACUCCACUGGGGGAGUCGGGGACAAAAUUUCCAUCCCUCUAGCUCCUUUGGUUGCAUCGUGCGGAGUAGCAGUCCCCAUGAUCAGCGGGCGAGGGUUGGGCCACACCGGAGGAACCCUAGACAAGCUGGAGUCGAUCCCGAACCUCAAGACUUCGCUGAGCACGCAGGAAGUUUACGAUCAACUGAGCAAGAUACACGUAGUGAUCACGGGCGCCAACGCAGACAUUGCUCCCGUCGACAAGAGGGUGUACAGUCUUCGUGACGUCACAGGAACGACAUCCAGCCUGCCUCUGAUCGCUUCCUCUAUCAUGUCCAAGAAGCUGUCUGAAGGCACUGACUCGCUCCUGCUUGACGUCAAAGCCGGCAAAGGAGCGUUCCUGCAGGACAUGGAGGCGACGAAGAGACUAGCUGAGACUUUGGUGUCUGCUGGAAAAGCUGCAGGAAGGAACGCCAUGGCCAUCAUAACGAACAUGGAUCAGCCUCUAGGGAACACAGUUGGAAACUGGCUCGAGAUGCGAGAAUCGAUUGACAUUCUCAAUGGCAAGGGUCCAAGUGAUGUGCGCGAGCUGGUCAUCGUACAAUGCGCGUUGAUGCUGCUGUUGGCCGGGAGGGUCAAGACGUAUCAGGAAGGGAGAGCUAUGGCCGAAUUGAAGAUUGAGAACGGAGAAGGUUUGCAGAAGUUCAAACAGAUGAUAGAGGCUCAGGGAGGCUCGUCGAUGUACAUCGACGCUCCAGAAUCGUAUCCAAAGCCUAAACACUCUCUUGCUGUUCUCAGCGACCAUGAUGGAUGGAUAAAGGCUAUCGAUGCGUUCGAGGUUGGGUUGAUCAACAACAAGCUGGGAGGAGGGCGGGAGACCCUGGACAGCAAGAUCGACUUCAAGGCCGGACUUGUCUUUCACUUCAAGGUCGGGGAUCAUGUCAAGGCUGGAGAGGCGCUGGUGACGCUGUUCACGGAUGGAACCUAUCCCGACUACCUCUCAGACCGAACCCUGAAAGUCUUCACCAUCGUCCCGGAGCCGGUGGCUGCUCCUCCUCUGAUAGGUUGA